AUGGCUAACGCCGACGAAGCCGCAUUGCCAUAUCACGAGCCUCAUAUCGUCACUAUCCUAAUUCUGGUCUCAUUUAUGCUAUUGCUAAACCUUGCGAACCAUAUUAUCGAUAAGAUACUUUACUGUGGCCUUCUCGCGCAGCUAUUCCUCGGUAUUGGAUGGGGAACUCCAGGAGCGAACUGGCUCGGCCGUGAAUUCGAGCAUGUUGCUGUUAACCUGGGAUAUCUCGGGCUUCUCCUUAUCGUGUACGAAGGAGGGUUGAUGACCUCUUUCAAGGCUCUAAAGGACAAUAUUCUCUUAUCUGCUGGUGUGGCAAUCACUGGUAUUGCGCUUCCAAUCGGGGCUUCCUAUAUCCUACUCACCCUAGUGGGGGCGACACUGCUGCAAGCUUUCGCCGCGGGUGCGGCACUUUGCUCUACGAGUUUAGGAACAACAUUUACUGUCAUGAAAGCCAGUGGCCUAAUUACUACCAGAAUGGGCAUCGUGCUUACAAGUGCGGCAAUGAUGGACGACGUUGUUGGACUUAUAAUGGUCCAAGUCAUCUCUAAUAUAGGAGGCGCAUCUUCGUCCUUCAGCGCCGUUACCAUUGUACGACCAGUCUGCGUCUCAAUUGGUUUCGUAGGCGUUGUCCCACUUCUAGCCCGAUUUAUUAUCCGACCGCUUACGAUUUGGUUGAAUUGUAAACGGACAGCUAGCCCCACUGGCUAUAUCAGUUACAUCUUAACUCGUGGUGCGACUACAUUAAUUCUCCACCUAUCGAUCCUCAUUGGUUUAAUCACCGCAACAACAUAUGCUGGAACCUCAAAUCUAUUCGCAGCCUACCUCGCCGGUGCAUCCAUCAGCUGGUGGGACACCACAGUUCCACAUCCACGUGCUCAUGGUUCCGGCACAAACCUUUCGACCAACGAAACCGGCCGUCCACCGUCUGUACUGAGCGCGACAUCUGGCACAACUGGAGUUGAAACCUUUGAACGCUUCUUCUUCCAACCAUUCCAACGGAUUCUAAAACCAUUAUUCUUUGCAUCUAUUGGAUUCUCAGUGCCUAUUACCCGCAUGUUCGAUGGCGAUGUCAUAUGGCGUGGGGUCAUCUUUACGAUAUUCAUGUUCGUUUCUAAGUUUGCAUGUGGCUUGUGGCUCAUGCGCCUGCCUGGUCUAGCAUCUGGCGUCUUGAGAUUGGGACGACGCUCCGAUACGGAGAAGAAGCCUACGGGCGAGAACAAGAUGGGGACCGUCGCAGCAGUAGCAGGUUCCGGUUGCGUGUCAGACCCUCAACAGGCAACUUCAGGUGGCAUAGUCAUGCAAACUUCUUCUCCUGUACCAGGGAAAAAGCAGUCCGCUCCACGACAGAGUAAUGAGGGCCGUGCUCGCACUAGAUCUGCAGUCACUUCAACCUCGAAACCCAUUUCACUUUAUUCUGGCUGCAUCGUUGGAUGCGCCAUGGUAGCUCGCGGUGAAAUUGGGUUCCUCAUCUCUGCACUCGCGGAAAGUAACGGCAUCUUCGGUGAUGAACCCAAUGGUCCUAUAUUCUUGGUGGUCACAUGGGCGAUUAUGCUGUGUACUAUUAUUGGUCCGUUAAUUGUUGGAAUACUGGUGUCAAGAGUGAAGAAAAUGGAAGUUGGAGCAGCAGGAAGAUCGGGAAGAAAAUCAGUUUUAGGAGAUUGGGGUGUCAGCUGA